CGCCGAGGAGGGGAGCUCGCGCGUCCUGCUCCAGGCAUACUGCCGCUGAUGGACUCGAUCUUAGACAAGGAUACGCAGUUUGUCUGAUUAUCACCACUUAGGUGUAAGUUGAAAAGUGCACUUUUGCGGGAAAUAAACUGCUCUAAUGGUCCCGAGUGCUUCUACCCGCAGCGGUUUGAAUGUGUUUUGCGUGUUUGCGCUCAACAGUGAGGUAGACUUACUCGGGCACAUUUUACAGGCGCGUCGGCGCGUGUGAUUUACCCCGUGGAUGCGGCCGUCGGGGUCGGCGUCUGAGCCCUGCAGGACCAGCCUGUCAUAGGGCAUCAGGAUUUCUCGAGUUCUUCGCGAGUGGAUGAGGAAUAUUUCUCCGGAGAUGCUGCUGCUGCUGCUGCUGCUGCUGCUGGUGCCGACGUCGUGGCUUUUACCUGUGACUGGAGCGGCUCCUUCGCUGUCUACCGAGCAGCUGGACACGGGGGUGGACUGGCUGAGCAGGUUUGGCUACCUCCCGCCCCCUGACCCAGUGACUGGUCAGCUUCAGACCAAGGAGGCGCUGACCAAGGCCAUCAAAGCCAUGCAGAAGUUUGGAGGGCUGAAGGAGACCGGAGUCUUGGACCAAGCCACACUGGGUCUCAUGAAAACACCCAGAUGUUCUCUACCAGAUGUGUCUGAGGCUGAGGGGACAACGGGCCGCAGGAAACGAGGCUUGAACCCUCAGAACAAAUGGAAUAAGAGGCAUCUAUCGUGGAGAGUCAGGACCUUCCCUAAGGAUUCGGCCUUACUGGGCAGGGACACCGUUCGAGCCCUGAUGUACUACGCCUUGAAGGUCUGGAGCGACAUCGCACCACUUAACUUUCACGAGGUGGCCGGCAGUGAUGCAGACAUUCAAAUCGACUUCACUAAGGCCGACCACAAUGACGGAUACCCCUUUGACGGGCCAGGGGGCACCGUGGCACACGCAUUUUUCCCUGGAGAGAGGUUCACGGCUGGGGAUACACACUUCGAUGAUGAUGAGGCGUGGACCUUCAGAUCACCAGACUCCCAUGGGAUGGACCUGUUCGCAGUUGCAGUCCAUGAGUUUGGUCAUGCCAUCGGUCUGGUCCACACCUCAGCCAUGGAGUCCAUCAUGAGACCAUACUACCAGGGUCCUGUGGGAGACCCUCUGAAAUAUGACCUGCCGUAUGAAGACAAGGUCCGCGUCUGGCAACUCUACGGUGUCAGAGACUCAGUGUCCCACACCAAUCGACCAGGCAACCCCUCCCAGACAGCUGAACCUCCCGUCCUGCUGGACCUUCCUGAAAACAGAUCGACUCUCUUGCUGGCACGAGAUGCCCCGGACAGGUGCACCAGUCACUUUGAUGCCGUGGCCCAAAUACGAGGGGAGGCCUUCUUUUUCAAAGGGAAGUACUUUUGGCGACUAACUCGAGAGAAGCACCUGGUGUCUCUUCGCCCUGCUCAGAUCCAUCGAUUCUGGAGGGGCCUCCCACCCAGUCUAGACAGUGUCGAUGCUGUGUAUGAGAGGCCAGGGGACCACAAAAUAGUCUUUUUUAAAGGUCUAAAGUACUGGGUAUUUAAAGACAAUAAUGUGGAAGAGGGUUACCCUCGUCCGAUCAGUGACUUUGGCCUGCCCUCGGAAGGAGUGGAUGCAGCUUUUGUUUGGCUACACAACGACAAAACCUAUUUCUUCAAGGACAACUACUACUGGCGCUACGAUGACCACCUGAGGCGUAUGGACCUGGGCUACCCUAAAGACAGCACGCUUUGGAAGGGGUUGCCACCACACCUGGACGACGCCAUGAGGUGGUCUGAUGGCUCGUCCUAUUUCUAAGGGGAAGAGUACUGGCGAGUGCCGGGCAGUGACAUGGAGGCGGAGGCAGGGUACCCCCGCCUCAUCGCUAAGGACUGGCUGCUGUGCACCGAGAUGCAGUCGGACUCUCCAGACACAGAGCCCAAAAGCAAGGAGACGAGAGUCAACGUGCACCUUCACCCAGACCACGCAGAGAAUGGAUACGAGGUGUGCUCCUGCACCUCUGACACCGCCUCGCCUUUGGGUGCUUGCCCCUCCCCAUCUCCGAUCUGGCUGUUGCCACCGCUCUGGACGCUCUCGCUGGCCCUCCGCUCUGAACUGCUAUGAUGCCAAAGUAUGGGACAAAGUUCUUAAGCUGGGUGCAAGAAAGAGACUCACUAGCUGAGGCCAGUGGACACUAAAUACAAACUUUAAAAUUUUGUUCAUAUAAAUAUCAAUUGCUCUGUUUUUGCUAUUAUUUUGCUGUUAUUUAUUUCACAUGCCAUUCGGUGGUCAUCUAAAGCGCCUUGCAGUAUGGGUAGUGCGUACAGUUAUGUUAUUAUACUAGGGUAUCCCUGGUAGCCAUCAGUCCACUGACAAUGACAGUGCUAGUAUCGUACUUUAAGUUCUGUUCUUUUGCCUCUUGAAUGACUAAACUGUCUCUGCAAGGAAAGCUAACUGAUGAGAGGGACUGAUCAAUAAUAUGUUCACAUACACUGCAACAGUAUUCUAACGGUACCGAUGAUAAUUAUUUUUUCAUGUACAAGUUUGCAGCAAUAAUGAAUGGCAUCAUGGGAUGUAAGCAGAUAGACAUUGGUAAAAAGCUAUGUUUUUACCUUAAAGGACUAGUCCCACAUUUUGGGAGAAAACUCUUGCUGAAAAGAAAACUCUCAUGUCUGUACGCUAAAUACGAAGCAACAGUCAAGAGCUGGUUAGCUUAGCUUAGCAUAAAGACUGGAAACAAGGGGAAACAGCCAGCCUGGCUCUGUCCAAAGGUACGGUAUCUCAGUCGACCUAUCAGCACCUCUAAAGAUCACUAGUUAUCAAAGCUUAUUAACGAUCAGUUUGUUUAAUCCGUGCAAACAGAAGUGUAAAAUUUUGUGGUUUUACAGGCAGUUAGGUGCUGGUAGGCAGAUGGUGCUGCCUUCAGACAGAGCCAGGCUCUUUCUCCUUGUUUCCAUUCUUUAUGUUAAGCCAAGUUAACCAGAUCCUGGGUGUGGCCUUAUUUUUAUCUAAAUGACAUAUAACUUUCGGCGAGGACAUAAAUAAGCAUAAUCCCAAAAAUGUCAAACUAUUGCUUUGAAUAUCUCCUGGCAAGCAGAACUUCCUGCCAAGCUGCUUACUGCCUCCCAGCAUUCUCCACCAAUUAAUUGGUUGUUUACAGUAAAGGUUACUGUAACGGCCAUGGUACAGGUUUGUGUCCACCAAUUCCACAGAAAGAGGCAGGACUUUAACUCAGUCUGACAUUUGGAGCUGCCUGAAAGACUUAAACCAGGGCAAAGAAUGACAUUUAUAUAAAUAUAGAUACUGUAGUUAGACAGAUGACUGCCACACUGGCAUAUAUCAAGGCAGACAAGUGAAAAGUACCCUGGGGUGUAGUGUUGAUAGUUAGGUUUACACAUGAAUGGCCCCAUGGGAUGUUGACAGGAAGAUACAUGAAUGGCAUGCUGGGAUGUGGACAGCUAGAUGAAUGGCAUCCAAACAGGUAGACAGAAAACCAUCCAGUACAGCUACAUGGAGGAAAGGGCAGGCUGGGAUGUGGGGAGUAAGACAAAUGAAUGAUUACCUGCUAUACAGAAAGUAAAGAUCCCAGACUUAUUUAAUGUCGCUUAAUGUCAUUUACUUCGCUUAAAUUCCCUUACCUGUACUCCCACGCUUUCUGAGGUAUUGCUGCUUAUUUAUCACGAUGAAUUUAUCAUUUUCACCGCUGGUACAGAAGCAUUCCCUGCCAUUAUCACAGCGCUAUUGGUUUUGUUGUAUUUUUUGUAAUAAGUAUGGAUAGAUUGCGAUUCCAUAUUGCUUUGAUCAGAUUAUAGGUCACUGAGCCUUUUCUUCAUUAAUCCAAGCUUCUACCAGUGACGUCCUUCUUAGACCUCACAAUUUAGCAACAGGAUUAAUACUUGCUGAUAUAUUUACCUACAGUUUAAAUAUAGACACAGAUAUAUUUGAGUCGAGAUGUUCCAUGGUUACUGCAAAAACCAAUUGGACUGUGUAUAUUUCAAGCUGUGUUUUCUAAUGUAAAAUAUUUUUGUAGAAAAAUAAAAGAAUCUGAAUGACGUUUUUGGUUCAGUGUGGACACAGAAAUUUGUAUCAGGACAGAUUAUUUGGAGUACUCAGUCUUUCGGCUGUGUGGGCCAAGAGUGUAAUUAGUUAGUGACAGAAAGAGAGCCUGGACUUGAAGGCAGAUGAAGGUAACAUGACAGCUUGCAGACACCAACUGGGAGAUGCUCUCCAUCUCUCUGAUGUUCUUAUUCUUGUUUUCUCUUGUUAUGGUCACUGCUGUUCAUCAGGAAUGCAAACCACAUCAUGUCAAUCAGACCACACACUCGCACUCUGGGUGGCUCUAUGAACAGAUUUGCUGGCAGAGGAUUGAAGAGUUAUUUUCAGGGAAAUUCAUUAGAGAAGUGAUGUCACCUGAUCCAGAAAUAUUCAGCAGCUGAAAUACUGAUUGGCUGGAGAUCAAAGUGAGCUGUAGGCGGCAACCCAGACAAGUGCACAAGUGAACACUGAACAAGAGCAAGAACUCGAUGUCAGUCAGAGACUUAACUCUCACUUCAAAAUUACAGCAGUUCAAUUAACUAGGAGGUUAUAGGUGACCUCCACCAAAUUAUGCACAACCAAAUUUCACUGUUUUCAGGUCAAAUAGGCUUAAAACACAUCAACCCCUAUUUCUGCUGUGAUGAGCCUCUUGCUUAAUUGUUUUCUAUUUACAAGAGCAUUUUCUAUCCUGCAAGUGUAUUCUGAGAUUAUAUGCACAAACACGACUGCAAUUGUGUUUUAUUGUAAUAAGUUGUACUGUUCUGCUUUUCAAUAUACUUUUCUCCCAGAUUUCUUAGAAUUUGUUCUCAGGUUAGUUUAAGAUGAAUUCAUUGUUAUUCCACAAGCAUCUCCC